AUGAAUCUAGAGACCGUGGGGUCAUGGGGCACGGUCUCGAGAAACGCUGGGUACUCGUCAAUACCUGCAGAGACCGUCAAUGGUGGAGAGAACCUCGAGAAGCCAUUCAAUUCCACGAUACCUGGCUGUGACCUCGAGACCAGUUUGAGCCUGGAAUCGUCGCACACCACUCACCUCCUGGCAUUCUACACUAAAUAA